AUGAUGAUGGAAAACUCAUCAGCCAGCGAAGCACCAGCCAGCACCCCGCGCGCAACGGGCCACAAAUCCCACGAGCCCCUCACAUGCACUAUCAAGACCCCAGCCUUCUCCUACGCUCACUUGGAACUCAUCUCCGAUUCACCAAGAUCACAAGAAACAUUGGAAUUGGACAAUCUCCAAGUACGCUCGUAUUGUAGCGCCGCCCUCAGCCAGUUCCUGGGCGCAACGGGUUCCGCCAUUCCCAUCGACAUACUAAAGGUCGAGGCCGCACAAUGCUGGCUGCGCGUGCCCCGGCAGGACCUCAGCCCCUUUGCCGCGGCGAUCACGGCGUGGGCCGGCGUCUCGGACCAAGGCAAACGGCAAGUUCUCCGGGUGAAGCAGUGCUCUGACUAUUUGGGCGCCAUCGUCGGCACCGAUGGCCAGGAGAACCUUUGGUCGUCAUGA